UGUUCUGUAUUUGUAUUAUUGAAAUGUAACUCGUUUAUUUUACCCCUAGUCAGAUGCAGCCUACUUGGCAGAAGGAUCAGAUUUUGUCUCAAGGAGCUCAAUCUGGAAAGAUUUUUAUAGUUAAAUAUAAUCUAUUUAAAAACAAAAACGGUUGGUAGACAGCUGCACUACAUGUAAUCCCUCUCCAUGGGUUUUUGUGAGUUAAAAGGGAUUAAAAUGUACUUAUUUGUUAAAUGUUGGCCCCUGUUGUUGCAGAAAUAUACUCAACAAAAUGUACAAAUCAGCAAUCAAUAUGAGAGUUUAGAGGGCCUAUUUUUCUAUCUUUUAAUUGGCUUAAGUGUUUGACAUGCUGUAUUUUCCACUCUAAGGGAUAAAGGUUUCCAGUAAGCUUAGUUCAUUUCACUUGGAAAUCUCUGGAGCCUCAUAUGGUGCUCUGCUCGGUAAGCCUCUUAGGAAUCACAGUGCCACAGCAGAUGUAGGGAGAAUGCCAAUCAGGAGCUCCUGCUGAGCGGAGAAACCCGACGGCUGUGCCACGGCGCGCGUCAACUCUCUGCCACGGUUCUCAGGAAACACAGCUAAAUAUCAACAGAGGCUCUUUAUGCUCAUCUUUUGCCCUGUUACACACGUAAACAGCAGCAGAAACGCGCUUGCUGUCAUGGAGAUGGAGCGCACGGGGAGUCUCCGACGAUUCUGAACCUGCAGAAAACAAAUCCUUGGUUAUCUGAAAGCAGAGCCAUGCUUCCUCAGGAUGUCGGGAAGCAAAAGCCAUGUCGUGUGUCGGAACCGAUGUGCGGCGUGGACACUCCCCUGGUCCCAAUUCGGCGCUUAAAGAACCGGGACUUCCCUCUGACCGCGAAGCGCCGGCGGUCCGGUUCCGCACCUGAGCGCAAGGUGAACUGCGUCCUGGUUGGAGACGGAGCGGUGGGCAAGACCAGCCUCAUUGUCAGCUACACCACCAACGGAUACCCGACUCAAUAUGUUCCAACAGCGUUGGACAACUUUACCGUGAUGGUUGUGGUUGACGGUAAACCAGUGAGACUGCAGCUCUGGGACAUGGCUGGACAGAAAUGGGGGCUGGUUGAUGGACCAAUCAAUGACGAGCUGGAGCGUCUCCGUCCUCUGUGCUACAGGAACGCCGACGUCUUCCUCCUCUGCUACAGCGUGGUGCGCCCCUGCUCUUUCCGCAGCCUGAUGGAGAAGUGGGUUCCUGAGAUCCGUCGGCACUGCCCCACCUCGCCCCUGGUCCUCGUCGGCACCCAGCUGGACCUGAGGGAGGACGUCCAGGUGCUGAUUCAGCUCGCGCAGAACCAGGAGCGGCCGGUGGGCACCGAGGAGGGCCAGCAGCUCGCCCAGGAGCUCGGGGUGGUGAGCUUUGCAGAGUGCUCUGCUCUGACCCAGAAGAACCUGAAGGACACUUUUGACUCAGCCAUCUUGGCCUGCGUCCAACAGACAGACAGCUGUAGUGUCCAGCAGCAGAGGCAGACUCUGAGGAAGAAGACGCCCGAUAAGUUCAAGAGCCUCUCGGAGACCUGGUGGAGGAAGAUCACCUGUCUGAUGGGAGACCAGAGCUGUGACUUGAAGUGAACUCCUGCAUAAUUACAAACCUGGGUCAGAUCAUGUUUGCCAAUACUCAGAUUACCACGACGUGGCUGCUCAAAUCCCCAGAGCAUUGUUACUCACACUGUGUUUACGCACAAAAACAACCAAAACAAAAAUAUACACACUAAUGUUUACACAAUAUAUACACACUCUAAACAGAAACAAUAUAGAGGCAUGAGUGCAAUGAAGAGAGCAAUAAAAUUGUUUAAAUGUGGACUAUAGUGCAAAGGAUACUGGGAUAAAUAGUAUUAUGUUAUUAUAUUACAACAUGAACAGUAUGAACAUUAUGAACAGUUCUGAAAUAGGAAAUGAGAAUGAUGAAUAAAUAGAAAAAAAUAAGUGAGAUGUGAGAAUGGGAAUGAUGGAUAAUACUAACUAAGUGGAAUAAAGUGGAACCAGAUAACCGGUGCUGUAGAGACAGUGUUGCUGGCUCAUUGACCAGCAUUGAACCUGACACUGUGGGUAAGAAGUCAGCUGUUCAUCAAAUGCAAACACUUCAAACAGUGCUUCAAUCCUACAUCCUCUGUCUCUUUAUCCUUCACCAGGCAAAAACAGGACAUGUUGGAGAGUUAAUGGAGAGUUAAUGGGAUCAAGCGUCAUUGAUUGUCUCAUCAGAUCAGGAUCAGAGCCUCAAUCAACUACUGACCCAGUCCGACCAGACCUAGAUAGACCUGCGUGCAUGAAAAUGCGUCCUUACCUCUGAUGCAGUUUUGGAGUCGGGCAGUCGGACAGAGUCUGUGUCCUGGGUGAUUUUCCUGUAAUCUCUGGCUAAGCAGAGCAUCACCGCUGUGCUCGUCUUUCCUCCGUGAUUCAGAGUCGCUGCUCGUCUCUAAUGGGAGCAGACAGGAGCACCUGCUGGAUUAAAGCAGCAUAUGGAGCCUGAUUCCCUCCCUGCGGACGCCUCACACCUUCAAAAGGGAAGGAGAGUCAACCCUCAAUUUAUCUAGCUCUUACGUGCAAGGAAAAUGUAUUUAUAGCUCAUUUAAUUAUGAGCUGAGGGGACAAAUGUCUUCACACACACACACACACACACACAAAUUCAGGGGACUCCUUACAUGGACUACAUGUCUAGCCCCAACCCUUAUGCUAACUUUAACCCUAAAAUGUAAUGCCUUGCGUUACUUACUGAAGUCUGUUCCCUAAAAAAGGGGGGGGGCAAGGCCACAUUGAUAACAACUGGCCAGUGCACCCCACCCCAAAAACCUAUUAGAAUUUCCUUUACAAAAAUAAAGACCUUUACAGACUUAUUUGACGCAGAAAACGCACAAAUUGUUGCAGAAAAAUUCACCAGAAUGCAGAAACUGUAGUGUUUGAGGACCAAAAUUUAAAUUAUGGAGAUCUCCCCCCCCCCACAAAAAAAAGUUAGGCCCUUUGCUGUUAGGAAUACAAAAAAGUGGUAAUACUAAAAUAAAAGAAUCCGUGAGGA